CUCAAUAAAUCACAUGGGUUAACCAAAACAAGAACAGUGUUUAUUUUGUGGACAAGAAAAAUUACAAUUUAGCAGGAAAAACAAAGAAAAUUCCAAGAGAAGACCAUGGCGAGAAGACCAGAGCAUCUCGCUCCACCGGAAAUUUUUUACAAUGAAGAAGAAGCCAGGAAGUACACAAACAAUACUCGCAUCAUUGACAUCCAGGUACAAAUGUGUGAGCGAGCAUUGGAGCUCCUGGCGCUUCCGGAAGAUGAGACACAUAUGAUUUUGGAUAUUGGAUGUGGCUCUGGGCUUUCGGGGAGUGUUCUCGAGGAUCAGGGACACAUCUGGAUUGGGAUAGAUAUUGCUCAAGCUAUGCUGGACGUUGCCGUUGAGAGGGAAGUUGAAGGUGAUCUCGUGCUGAGCGACAUGGGUCAGGGGGUUCCAUUCAAAGCGGGUACCUUUGAUGGAGCUAUUUCAAUCUCUGCCCUUCAGUGGCUGUGCAAUGCCGACAAGAAGAGUCACAAUCCCCAGAAGAGGCUCUACAAAUUCUUCAGCACACUUUUUGCUUCCCUUACACGAAGUGCCAGAGCUGUGUUCCAGUUCUACCCUGAGAAUGCAGAUCAAAUUGAAUUGGUGACAUCACAGGCGAUGAAGGCAGGAUUUAUGGGAGGUCUGGUGGUGGAUUAUCCAAAUUCCGCAAAAGCCAAGAAAUACUUCCUCGUUCUCAUGACUGGUGGGAUUGUUCAGCUACCUCAGGCUCUUGGGACUGAAGGUGGAUCAGAUCACGUUGAUUAUGCGAAGAAACGUGAAAUGGUUAAAAAUUCCCGAGGGAAACCACUGAAGAAGAGUCGAGAUUGGAUUCUGGCCAAAAAGGAACGUCGAAGACGUCAAGGAAAGGAAACGCGCAAUGAUACAAAAUACACCGGAAGGAAACGUCCCGAUCGCUUCUAAUUAAUUGUUUUUCUACGCAUAAUAAAAUGAUCUGCAAAGUC